AUGGCCCAGUACAAGGGCACCAUGCGGGAGGCGGGCCGCGCCAUGCACCUGAUCCGGAAGAGGGAGAAGCAGAAAGAGCAGAUGGAGGUGCUGAAGCAGCGUAUCGCACAGGAGACCAUCACCAAGUCAAAGGUGGACAGGAUGUUCUCGGCACACUACGACGCGGUGGAAGCAGAACUGAAGUCGAGCACGGUGGGCCUGGUGACCCUAAACGACAUGAAGGCCAAACAGGAGUCCCUGCUGAAGGAGCGAGAGAUGCAGCUAGCCAAGAAAGAGCAGCUGGAGGAGCGCCGCCUGCAGCUGGAGACGCUGAGGGAGAAGGCGCGCCGGCACGAGCAGAAGCGCAAGAUCUCCAGCUUGUCCUUCUCGAUGGAGGAGGUCGAGGAGGAGGAGGGCACACGUGAGCAGGAGCCUGAUAGGGCAGAGGUGACUAAGAAGAGGAAAAACCUGGGGAAGAAUCCCGACGUGGACACCAGCUUCCUGCCGGACCGUGACCGUGAAGAGGAAGAGAAUCGCCUACGGGAGGAGCUGCGCAAGAAGUGGGAGGCCCAGCGCGAGAAGGUCAAGAGCGAAGAGAUGGAGAUAACCUUCAGCUACUGGGAUGGCUCGGGGCACCGGCGCACUGUGCGCAUGAACAAGGGCAGCACUGUGCAGCAGUUCCUCAAGAAGGCCCUGCAGAGCCUGCGCAAGGACUUCAGAGAGCUGCGCGCUGCUGGCGUGGAGCAGCUCAUGUACAUCAAGGAGGACCUGAUCCUGCCUCACUACCACACCUUCUAUGACUUCAUCAUCACCAAAGCGCGUGGCAAGAGCGGCCCACUCUUUAACUUCGACGUGCAUGACGACGUGCGGCUGCUGAGCGACGCCACCAUGGAGAAGGAUGAGUCGCACGCGGGCAAGGUGGUGCUGCGCAGCUGGUACGAGAAGAACAAGCACAUCUUCCCGGCCAGCCGCUGGGAGCCCUACGACCCCGAGAAGAAGUGGGAUAAGUACACCGUCCGAUGAACGCCUGUCCUUCCUGUCCAUCUCUUUAUUCUGUGGCUCUGGCCAGUCCC